AUGGGCAAGAAAUCAUCAGGAAGCGCCAAAACCUCAUCUGCUCCUACUUUGAAUGCCAAUGCUGGUGGUAUUCACUUGAGACCAACACCAAAUGUUUCUCUGACGGAAAGUGCUGUCGAUGAAUAUAGAUUACCUUUGAAGGCUUUAAAUUAUAUUUUCUUUUGUUACUUGUUGACUGAUUUAUUAGCAGCUUAUUUAAUGCCGAUCAGUGAUUGUGAUGAAACUUUUAAUUAUUGGGAACCUACACAUUUAAUAUUAUUUGGAAAGGGAUUGCAAACUUGGGAAUUUAGUCCAGUAUUUGCUCUCCGUUCAUAUAUUUAUAUUUUAGGACAUGCAGCUUUAGGAAAAAUUGCAAUGUUGUUAGGAUUUACUUCUUCAAUUGAUGUUUUUUAUGCUAUUCGUAUUGGACUUGCAUUUGUUUGUGCCUUUUCUCAAACUAUUUUCACAAAGGGAAUUUAUGAAAGAUUCGGAAGUAGAAUUACAUUGUUGACAAUUGUCACCAUGUUGGCAUCUCCUGGUAUUUUCAUUUCAUCAGCUUCCUAUUUACCAUCUACAUUCUCAAUGUAUAUGAUUAUGUUUGCUUUCGGAAGUUGGUACUCUCUUGCUACAACAGAUGGUGAAAGAUAUGUUAAAUAUUUCUUCUGUGUUUUGUUUAUUGGAUCUUCAGUAAUUAUUGGAUGGCCAUUCAGUGUUGUUUGUGGAUUACCAGUUGCUAUUGAUACUAUUCACAAAUUUGGAUUUUGGAGAACUUUAAAGUUUGCUAUUCAAAUCAGUGUUGUAAUUAUUGCUGCUACCAUUGCUGUUGACUUCUACUAUUAUAAGAGAUUAUUCUUUACUCCACUCAAUCUUGUUUUGUACAAUAAGGGUGAAGGAAGUGAAAGGUUUGGAGUUGAACCUUGGAAUUUUUACUUUAAGAAUUUGAUUUUGAAUUUCAAUGUUGCUUUCCUCUUUGCUUUAGCUACACCAAUUAUUGCUCUUUUGCACUAUUUUAUUACCAACAGUUGGCAUUCAUCUCUUCCAUCUAAAUUACAAACUGCUUAUUUAGGAGCUCCUCAAAGAUGGUACAUUCACUAUAGAUCUAUUAUUUUCAUUUCUCCAUUUUACAUUUGGUUCACUUUCUUCUCUUCAUUGCCACACAAGGAAGAAAGAUUCAUGUAUGUCAUUUACCCAAUCAUUUGUUUGGCUUCAUCAAUUACAAUUGAAAUGUUUUUGAGAAUUAUUGACAUGCUUAUUUUCAAGGGUGGUGCUGCUGAUGUUACACUUGCAGUUCUCCGUGAUUACAAUGAUGAACCUCUCCAACGUAUUGAUGACCACAAGAUGGGUGCUGUUGGUGUUAAAAGAUCAACUAUUUCUUUACUUUUGGCCAUUCUCAUUGUAAUUGCCAUUGUAGUUCUUGGUCUCUCAAGAUCAAUUGCUAAUGUUAGAAAUUUCCAAGCACCUCUCAAGGUUUAUGCUGAUCUCCAUGCAGAACUUUUAACACUUGAAAAAUCAGCUCCAAUGAAUAAGACCAAUAUUCCAGUUAAUGUUUGUGUUGGUAAGGAAUGGUAUAGAUUCCCAUCCUCAUUCUUUUUACCAUCAUCAAAUAAGUUCGAUGUAAGAAUUAGAUUUUUAAAGUCAGGAUUCUCUGGUUUACUUCCAAAAUAUUUUGCAGAGGUUGAGCCAACAUCUUCUAUUCCAACAACUAUGAAUGAUGAAAAUCGUGAAGAAAUGGACAGAUAUAUUCCUGAAAGCAAAUGUCAUUAUAUUGUAGAUUUUGAAAUUCCAGAUCAACAAGAAGAAACAUACUCCAAGUCAGAUAAGUGGAGAGUUAUUUCUAGUGCUCCAUUCUUGGACACUAAUCAAUCUCCAGCUUUCAUUAGAUCUUUCUAUAUUCCACAUUAUAGUACUAAAACUAAUGUCUAUGGACAAUAUGCAGUAUUCGCAAGAAAUAUUCCAACAAAGAACUAAGUUAUAAAUCAGCAUUACUCC